AAAUAAAUAAUAAUAAUAGUCUAUUGUGUGUGUCAAAUACAAAUCUGUUAAACAAUAAACGCACACCACACUUGAAAAUAUAACUACUGUUUUCUGGGUAGUUUUGACGCCAUGUGGAUACAGACAUUAAAAGGUAAUCAGCUGUCUAGUCUGAUUGUCACGAGCAGGAAGUGACAGCUUAUUGCUGCCCUGCCUUUUUUCUAAAUCAGAGGUUCAUCCUGACAGUUGAUUGAAUAGAAGUACAGCCCUGUGGAUUAUCUAUCAUACCAAGUUGAUAAUUCGACCCUGUACAGUUAGAGUGAAUUUGUGUUGUGAGUUUGUGGGUGUAUGUGUGAUGAGAUUGAUAUCAAAUUCUUCCCAUACAUAUGUUGCAUACAAACUGAACAAUUGUGGCCCCUUUAUUUUAUUCAUUAAGGUUCAGUGUAUCUUUGCCAGCCUACAUCAAUCUGCAAAGGAGUUGCAGAAAAGCCUCAUGUUCAUCGAGCCGUAUGGGCAAGAAAACUGUUCCCAUUUAUACUUUUCUACAGCGGGUUUAAAAUUCUGCUGCUGAGGUCUUGAAGAUGCAGAAGGGGGAUGAGACGCGACAGAGGGUCAAGUUCACUGACGAGCGAGUCUGCAAAAGUCAUCUUCUAAACUGCUGUCCACAUGACAUCCUGUCUGGAACGCGCAUGGACCUGGGAGAGUGCACGAAGAUCCAUGACCUCGCACUUCGGGCAGAUUAUGAAAUUGCCUCCAAGGAGAGAGAUCUGUUCUUCGAGCUUGACGCGGUGGAUCACCUGGAGUCGUUCAUUGCCGACUGUGACCGGAGGACAGAACUAGCAAAGAAGCGCCUUGCCGAGACCCAAGAAGAGAUCAGUGCUGAGGUCGCAGCAAAGGCAGAGAAGGUUCAUGAGCUGAACGAGGAAAUCGGUAAGCUGCUGGCCAAGGCUGAGCAGCUCGGAGCCGAGGGCAACGUUGAUGAGGCACAGAAGGUCCUGCAGGAGGUGGAGAAGGUCCGCACCAGGAAGAAGGAUGCUGAGGAAGAGUACAGGAACUCCAUGCCAGCCUCCAGUUUCCAGCAGCAGAAGCUUCGUGUGUGCGAGGUGUGCUCUGCUUACCUUGGCCUCCAUGACAAUGACCGCCGUUUGGCCGACCAUUUUGGUGGAAAGCUUCACCUGGGCUUCAUUCAGAUCAGAGAGAAAUUGGAUCAACUAAAGAAAACUGUGGUUGACAAGCAGGAGAAAAGAAACCAGGAGCGCUUAAAGAGACGAGAAGAGAGGGAGAAAGAGGAAAGGAUGAGAAAAAGGACCAGAUCACGGAGCAGAGAGCAUAGAAGGUCCCGUUCUCGUGACCGUAGAAGGAGACGCUCGCGCUCCACAUCACGAGACAGGCGCCGUUCGCGCUCACGUUCCAGGGAGAGGAGGAGGAGGCAUCGCAGCCGAUCCCGCUCUCGCAGCCGCGGACACCGUCACAGCCACGAGCAGAGCUCCAGACACAAGUCGUCCAGGGACCAGGAGCGCUCGUCCAGAGACAGGUCACGGGAGCGAGACAGGAGAGACGGCAUGAACGGCAGGUCAGACUCCCGCCGGGCAGACGACAGGGACAUGGGAGACCUCUGAAGACCAAACUCCAUCAAUCAAGACACACAACCUCCUCCUCCUGUCUCUCUCUCUCUCUCACUUGUCUGUCCAUUUAUAAUAACCUAAUGUUACACACAGUCCUUGCCUUGACCCGUUUGUUCUCCCACUGCCUCCUUUCUUUGCUUUAACAGUUAAUGCAGCCGACCCAGAGUGUACCUGAAAUAUUGUAUGGAUUCAGUUUUUUAGCAUCCAGAUAUAUGAGGGGAUUGCACUGGAUUGGGGGGGUGGGAUUAGUUAUUGAUCAGUAGUGGAGUGUAUUGUAAUACCCACAUCUGUAAUUUUGGUGGAUGUUUGUAUCCGAUACAUCUCAUGUCUUGUUAUAAACAAUGCAAUGAUUUCAACAGAAACUGAUGGUCUACUGGACUGCGUAAAAAGUAACUGAUACAUAUAUUAUUACUAUCUGAUGGUCUUUUGAUACAGAAUCUGUCUGUAAAUAUCUUUUGGGCCUACUGAUUGUCACGGUUUAAAAUCUUCGUCCUAUCAUGUUUUUUUUUGUUUUUUUUAAUCUCACCGUUAACACUUUUUCUCCUGGUAAACGACACGUUGUCGAGUUGAGUGCAGUUCUUGGAUGUCUGUCCACAUUUAGUUUGCUAAAGCCCAGUUUAAGUUUUAGGAACCCAAUUCAAAACCAAAAGGUUUUAUUGUUGCAAGUAUUAGUAUCGACCUUAUUUCUCUGUUCGGUUGUACACUUUUUUUUUCUUCUUUAAACUAAUCAAGUUUUUUUUUCCCAUGUUGUUGGUAGUGAAGGGAAUCUAUAUGAUUGAGAGUUUGGCCAGUAUAAGUAAAAGCCUGUUUUGAAGUAUCUUGUUUCUAUCUUGAUUUCUUUUAUUUAAAAUAAAAAAAUGACAAUUUCAGAGUUAGUGUUGGCAUGUGAAGCAGUAGGUUCAGAAAUGAUAACAUUUGAAAGUCAGUGCUAUAACUGUACAUACCUUUUAUUGGUUCAAGUCAAAGUUUAAAAAUAAUAAUAAACAUUUGGCCCAAUCUGGACAAAUUCCUUUGUGAAUAGAUUUAUAAUUGCAAACAGAUUUUAAUGGAUGCAUUGCUUUAACCUCAUGUGUGAAAUCAUAUCUGUUUAUGUUCUGCUGGAAAUCUUUCUUUAAAGUCUCAA